AAAGCUGAAGGCGUGAGUCCCGUUGGACAGCGUGCUCUCUACGCUUCCGCUUUUUUACCUGUUGUUUGAGAAGCAACAGAGCAGUCUUCAUCGCUGAUUUUUCUGAUGGCUCCCCGCGGCGGUUCCCGGAGGCAGAGGGAGGCGGAGGAAGAAACAUUCGCGAUCCUUCUCGCGAAUACCUAAUUCUUUAGAUGAUUUUUUAUUUUCUUCUGAUUAUUAAUAGAAGUUGUGUGCAGAUUUUCUUUCUAAAUUAAUCGAAAUCAUCUUUUUCUUUGUAGCUGUUGUGUCUCCUAACAAAGCUCCAUGCUGUUUAAUUUUGGAAGAAGAUUGCAACAUCGACACGAACUGCUCUGCUCAAAUGACAGGACCUUAGUGUUUUUACGUUGUCGAAACAUUUCGUUUAAAAAAUAUAACAAGAACCUGGCAUGAUAUGUUCAUUGGCGGAACUCUACUUAAGAGAGCGGAGCACCAAUCUCUCGGGUAAGAAGUAAUCGAGCGCAACUUCUUCCGCUCUUACCUUUUUCAGAUUGCUCCCCGCGGCGCUUCCUGGAGACAGAUUACUGGAGAGGAAGAAAGUGUGCAGAAUCUGAUUUCUUUGAAACAUCUUUCGAAUAUAAUGAGCUAAUUCAGCAGAAUGAAAAUUUACAAAAUAUUCUCAACUAUUACCGGAAUGUCAUCUUUUUGGAAAUCAAACGCCAACUAAACGCCACUGUCAAGGAGAUCUGCACAUUUCUUUUCAACGUAAACAGCUUGUAUUGGGUUUUCAGUGUGGACGGUGCGAGGGAAAUCAAAAUGAGUAAGAGUGCGCUCCAAUCACUUCGCAAAGCCAUUUCUAUAGAAAUAAAAAAGUUACAUGACUACGUCAAUCGGCGUGGUUCUGAGGAAGUGGAAAAGGCAAUGCAGAAGACGACGACCUUACUCGAUCAACAAAUGGACAGCAUCUCUAAGAGGCAGAGGUCAAUCGAGCUGUGGCGCUCGGCUUGCAACUUCUUCGUCGUAUUCAUCAUCGUCGGUAUGUUAAUUCUUUCCAUCUUAUAUGCAUUAUUCCACAAACCGGUGGUCAGCACCGUGACAAGUGCUGUGGCAACGGGGAUCAAAAUACUGGAGCCGUUUGCUGAAUCGGCAUUAGACAAGAAGGAGCAGAAAUUGAGUGAGGAGAAACAAAUGGUCCAGUUGAUGAUGCAGGGACUGGCUCCGCUGGCGGGUAAUCUCCGCACUCUUCGUUAUCAGACGACGGAGUGUGUCUCUAAGCUCCGAGAAGAGUUUGAGAAGAAGAUGCCCGACGAUUUUUCGACGGUGAAGGUUGAAUCAGUACGGGUUUCAGUUCCAGAUAUAGUAAAGAACAUGGUGAUCUCUGUGAAGGAUUUGAAGCGCCAGAUUAAACAAUACCGCUACGAUGUCCAACACUUCGAGACCACUUUUACUAAACUCAUAAAAAAAAAUUAAGUACGCAGUUUCUUGAUGAUGCCAACGCCUAUGUGCUGUCGUCUUUUUUUUGUGUCAAGUAGUAAGUAGUGACGACAAACUGUAUUGGGGAACAAUUUUGCAUCAAACUUUAUUUAGACUUCUUCCCCUACGUACUUUGCAUCAAACAAUAUAUGUUGUUGAAGAUGGAUCGAAUUCUUGUCACA